AGAUUCAAAACUUUUAUUUUUUUUCACAACUCAAUAAUUUUUAAAUGUUUCGCUCGAUAACUACUUUGCGUCACUUCCGGGUUUCUCUCCUUUCAGCCUCCAUCGCCCACUGCGAGAGCCGCGUGCGUACACACUCCCAGAUGAAGGAGUCGAUAAUGAACCAGGAGAAGCUUGCCAAAUUGCAGGCACAGGUCCGCAUAGGUGGCAAGGGGUCAGCUCGAAGAAAGAAGAAGGUGGUGCACAGAACAGCUACCGCAGAUGACAAGAAGCUGCAGUUUUCACUGAAGAAACUAGGAGUCAACAGUAUCUCUGGUAUUGAGGAGGUGAAUAUGUUCACUAAUCAGGGAACAGUGAUCCACUUCAAUAACCCAAAGGUUCAGGCCUCCUUGGCUGCCAACACCUUUACGAUCACAGGGCAUGCUGAGAACAAACAGCUAACAGAGAUGCUUCCUGGAAUCCUCAACCAGAUGGGAGCUGAUAGUCUUACUAGCCUCAGGAGACUAGCAGAGACCUUACCCAAACCAGUUGGCGAGAACAAAGCACCCAUAGUUGCCGCUGAAGAGGAAGAUGAUGAAGUUCCUGAUCUCGUUGAAAACUUUGAUGAAGCUUCAAAGAAUGAGGCCAACUAGAACAGAACAUCUCUACGUUGUCACUGCAGCUGUCAUGUCAUCGGUUUUUGUUCUGCCUUUAAAAAAA